UUGCUCUGCCAGGUUUGAGGAACCCCUGGCCAACCUGCUGAACGAGCAGCACCGGACGGUGAAGGAGCAGCUGGAGCAGCUGAGGAUGAAAAAAUCCUCCCUCAAACCCCCCCAGGAGGCUGAAAAAUCCAAACCCCCAAACGAGAAGCCCCUGCAGAGCCUCGUGCUGGACAGUGCCCAGAGGAAGAGGCUCCAGCAGCAGAUGCAGCAGCACGUUCAGCUUCUGACCCAAAUCCAUCUCCUGGCGAGCUGCAACCCCGCCCUGAGCUCCGAGGCCGGCACAACCAGGAUGUUUCUGAACGAGCUGGGGAACUUCGCCCGCAGCUCCACCCUGCUCCGCCUGCCCCUCCAGCCCAAAUUCCAGACCAUGUUCCAGCCCUGCAACCUGCAGGGAGCCCUGAGGCUCGUGGAGGACUUCCAUGCCCGGGUGCCCGUGGACUGCAGCCCCAGGAAGGCUGUCAAGAAGAGCAAUGCCAGUGAAUUUUCCUGUUUGCCAAAGCAACUGGCCUGGAUUUUUGCGACCAGGAGGGUCUUCAUGUACCCGGAGCUGCUGCCAAUCUGUUCCCUGAGGGCCAACCCUCCCCGGGACAAGAUCGUCUUCACCAAGGCAGAGGACAAUUUGUUGGCUCUGGGGCUGAAGCACUUCGAGGGCACGGAGUUUCCCAAGCCCCUGAUCAGCAAGUACCUCCUGCCCACCAAAACCGCCCAUCAGCUCACGGUGAGGAUCAAGAACCUCAACAUGAACCGGGCCCCCGACAACAUCGUCAGGUACUACAAGAAGACAAAGCAGCUGCCUGUGCUGGUGAAGUGCUGUGAGGAAAUCCAACCCCACGAGUGGAAAGCGCCCGUGGAGAGGGAGGAGCAUCGGCUGCCCUUCUGGCUCAAGGCAAGCUUGCCCUCCAUCCAGGGGGAGCUGAAGCAGCUGGCAGGAGAUGCCAAGGAGAUGCCAGCAUCACCAGCUGCAGAGUCUGCCCUUCUGGGGGCAGCAAAAGAAGCUCCAGACACGGACCAGGAUGAAAAAUACCCUCUGCUCAUGCCCAAGGGGCUCGUUCUUACCCUGAAGCCCUUGGCCAACCGGUUCUCCCGGCGGGCGUGGAGGAGGCAGAGAUCCUCGGCGCUGAAGCCCGUCCUGAUCCGCCCCAACCCCGGCGUGCAGCCCGGCUCCGGCUCCAGUGCCACCAACACCCAGAAACCCGGGAAGUGUCCCCAGGCCGAGGCUCCUCCCAGCAAAGUCCUGCUCCAGGUUCCUCGGCCGGUGCCGGUGAUGCCGGCGGUGCCGGCGGUGCAGCCCCUGGGCGUGCCGGCGGUGCUGGGAGGUGGGGACGGCUUGGAAUUCCAGAAGGUUCUCCCCGCUGCGCCCCCAGACCCCAGACCGGCCUUCUCAGCCGCGGUGCCACCAGCUCUGGUGUCCCCAGACCCGGCCGCCUUCCAGCCCAAGCUGAUGCUGCCGGCGCUGGCCGGGCCGAAAUCCCGCCGGCCUUGCGUCCGCAAGGGCUGCCAGAGGAAGAAAGGGAGCAAAGCCGCCCCGCUGAUGGAAGCCUCGGCCCUGAUCCAGCCGUCCCCCGUCAUCCUGACCGUCCCCGCCGCCACGGUGAAGGUGGUCAACAUCGGCAACGUGAUCCAGCCCCUCGGUGCCGCCGUGGGCCGCGGCCCUCAGGCCAUCCCGGUCACCACCCUGCUGGUGAACCCGGCCCCGUUCCCCUGUCCCCUGAACCAGCCCCUGGUGACCUCGUCCAUCCCGUCCCUGCUGGUGUCGCCGAGCCCCGUGGGGCUCUCGGGGCCGCCCGCCGGGGGCGAGGCCGAGGAGCGGCUGCCCCUGGGCGGGUACCCCGCGGGGGAGCCCAAGGCGGAGCCCCCCGAGCUCUUCGUUCCCUGCUCGUCCCUGUGCCCCGAGGAGGAGCAGCAGCAGCAGAAGGAGGAGGAGGAGGAGAAGCAGAAGCAGCAGCGUGGCCCAGAGUCUUCCCCUCGCCGGGGCGAGGCGGGCGAUGGGGACGGGAGUUCCGCGGAGCCUCGCGGGGGCGAGGCGGGCGAAGCGGCCAAAACCCACCCCGAGGAGCCCGACGGUGCCCCCGGGGAGGGGAAGGCCGGGCAGAAGAGGGACGUGCCACCCACCCAGCCCAAAGAGGAAUUCCUGCUGGGCCUGGGCCAGGAGCUGAACGUGGAGGCUGUGGACCCCAAGGGGGACCGCGCCGAGGAGGAGGAGGAGGAGGAGGAGAGGAAGGGCGAGGAGGAAGGCCGGGCCCUGCAGUCCCCUCCCCAGGGGGAUAUGGUGGUCUCUGGGCCCCCGGGGAGCGGCGAGUCCCCCCGGGACCCCCCGUGCCCGGCCGAGGGCGAGCCCGAGUUCAGCAGCCCCCCGGGCAGGCCCGAGGACUCGUCCAGUGUCGAUGGCCAGUCCGUGGGGACCCCGGCGGGCCCCGAGGCCGCGGGGGACAGGGAAGGGCAGGAGGAGGAGGAGGAGGACGACUUCGAUGAUUUCACCCAGGAUGAGGACGAGGAGAUGUCGUCGGCCUCGGAGGAGUCGGUCCUGUCGGUGCCAGAGCUCCAGGAGACCAUGGAAAAACUCACCUGGCUUGCAACAGAGAGACGUUUGAGCCAGGAGGGAGAUUCUGAAGAGGAGAAUUCCCAGGAGGAGAACUCUGAGCCCGAGGAAGAGGAGGAGGAGGAAGGGGAAGGCAUAGAGAGCUCACAGAAAGAUGAUGAAACCUGUGGGGAUGCAUCAGAGGAGCCUAAAUCCGCCUUCACCUCGGCCAAGGCAGCUUCCCCCCAGGUGGAGACCCACAGGAUUCCAGCAGGAGAGAACCUGAAGGCCCCUGGGAAGGGCAGGAGCUCCCACAGGACCAGGAACAAGCGGGGCCGGGCUCGUGGCAGCAAAGACACCUCCAAGCUGCUGCUGCUCUACGACGAGGACAUCCUGGAGAGGGACCCCCUGAGGGAGCAGAAGGACCUGGCCUUUGCCCAGGCCUACCUGACCAGGGUCCGUGAGACGCUGCAGCACAUCCCAGGGAAAUACGAGGACUUCCUUCGUGUCAUCUACGAGUUUGAGAUCAGCACGGGCAAGAGGACGGCUGUGGACCUCUAUUCCACCCUCCAGAAGCUGCUGCACGACUGGCCCCAGCUGCUCACGGAUUUUGCUGCCUUCCUCCUGCCGGAGCAGGCCCUGGAGUGUGGGCUGUUUGAGGAGCAACAGGCCUUCGAGAAGAGCCGCAAGUUCCUCAGGCAGCUGGAGAUCUGCUUCGCUGAGAACCCUGCCCACCACCAGAAGAUCAUCAAGGUCCUGCAGAGCUGUGCUGAUUGUCUGCCCCAGGAGAUUGCAGAGCUGAAGACCCAGAUGUGGCAGCUGCUGAAGGGGCACGACCACCUGCAGGACGAGUUCUCCGUCUUCUUCGACCACCUGAGGCCCUCGGCCAGCAGGAUGGGGGACUUCGAGGAGAUCAACUGGACGGAAGAGAAGGAAUAUGAGGUGCCCCAGCCCCUUUCCCCAGGCCAGGAGGGAAUUGUUUUCUUUGCAGCACAAGGUGGAGGAUCUCCCCUGGAAGGAAAAGCUGCCCCCAGCAGGCAGGGGGGUGGUGACAAAGCUGCCCCUCCCGACGCUCAGGUGGCAGGAGGUGCCGGUGCGGGCACUGCCCGGGACAGAGACUCUGCUGCCACCGCCCCCAGAUGGGCCCAGCUGCCAAAAGCUGCUCCAAAACUACCUCAAGAAACCAAAGACGCUGCGGGGAGCGAGGGACUGGACCAGCAGCCCAGGGGGAAUGGGGAUGUUAACCCCAGGGACCUGCUGGUGCCUCCCCCGAAAGGGACACUGGGACCUCCAUCCUGCCGUGCACAGAGCGAGGGGGCUCCUCCUCCUGACCCAGCAGAGAGGCUCAGGGGGCCUGGCCCUGCCUCAGGAGCAGGAGGGGAAGGACUUGAGGGGCCACCUCUGGAGGGCAAAGCUGGAGCCAGGCAGAGCUGGGUGCCCACGGGUGGCAAAGCCCCCGCGGGUCGGGGUGGCCGCAGCUCGGAAGGCACAGCCUGCGCUGCAGAUGGUCCCCCUGAGGGCAGGACGAAGGCAAACAGCUGCUUGCAGGGGCACCAGCACCCCGAGCAGCCCAGGGUAGGUCCAGCCUGCCUGGGGCACAGGGAAGAGGAGCAGCAGCAGCAGCAGAAGGUCACCGAGGCCACCGUGUGUGCCAAGAACAGCAAGGUCAGCUCCACCGGGGAGAAGGUCGUGCUCUGGACCAGGGAGGCUGACAGAGUCAUCCUCACCACCUGCCAGGAGAAAGGAGCCCACCUGGACACCUUCCAUGCCAUCUCCCAGAAACUGGGCAACAAGACGGCGAGCGAGGUGUCCCACAGGUUCAGGGAGCUGAUGAGGCUCUUCCACACGUCCUGCGACGGCAGCUCCGAGGACGAGGAGGACGCCACGAGCACCAGCAACACGGACCAGCUGUCGGAUAAAGACCUCCUGCUCUCCGAGGAAGAACCCGAUGACUGAGCUGUUCGAACUACUGACUGCCCCCA